AUGGCCUUUAAAAUAUUUUCCAGACUCACUGCGUUAAAUCUCCGACUGAAGUCUCAAACGGCCGCCUUCAGUGCGUUAAACUCCGGCUGCAGUUUGACAGUGGAACAUGACCGAGAGAACCGGCGCUUCACCGUCACUCCGAGCAGCGGGGCUGGUGGCCAUGACUGUGCAGUGCUGCACUACAGAUUCACAGGAGAGAAGGAGGUGGAUCUAUUAUCAACCUACGUACCAGAGACAUAUAGGGGCCAAGGUGUUGCUGCACUGCUAUCAAAAGCUGCCAUGGACUUCCUGGUUGAAGAAAACCUCAAGGCUCAUAUCUCCUGUUGGUAUAUAAAGAAAUAUAUCAAGGAGCAUCCACAGCAAGAUUAUAAAGAACUUGUCAUCCCUUGACUACAGCACGUUUGUCUAGUAUUGCUACCUCAAAUCAACCACAACCUCAUGCACAUUACUGUAAAGAGCUACGGAGGCCAGAAUGUGUCUUCAGCAUCUUAAGACCAUGUGCAUAUUAAAGUCAUUUUAUAGAGACGCUUGAUUAUGCUUAUCAAAGUUAGUAUGAUUUUUUUUUUUUUUAAUACCUGGUAAAUGUGAGUAAAGUUACUCAAAAUCUCCCAAAAGAAAUUUGGGGUUCAACAAUGACGAUAUUGAUUUUGUUUAAUUUUUUUUCAGUCAGCCUAAAAUGAGUAAAUUGAUCCUUUUAAAAUCAGAUUGCACUUUUUAAACAUUGUGUCUGUAGUAGUAGUAGUAUUUAUUAAUUAUUCAACAUUAGGACAAGACAUGGAAAUAUCUAUCGAGGCGUAUAUUUUUUUUAAUA